UUGACCCGACCGGUCCGAUAAGCUGUUUGUAAACAGCUACCGUCCUCUGUGGUGGCCUGUUCCGCUGUGUGUGUGUGUGUGUGUGUGUGUGUUUCACACCUACUGUACACUACACCCUCUUGUCCAACCACCUCAGGUCCUCUGCCUCGCAUGUCUGCGGUUCGGUCCGCUCGCAGGGACAGCUUUGUAGAGCUUUCCUCGGGUCAGUGAAUGAUUUUCGUACUGCUGCAAAACAGCUGAGGCUGCAUUUAGUAAAAAGACCAAUUUAGCCCCCCCAUUUUAACAAGGGGCAAGAUCACACUGAGCCCAGUGUGGCUUGAAGAGCUCUGGGAUGGCCAGUGCCUUUGACGAGGGACUAGAACAUAGAGUGUGGGCUGACCGCCAGGUCCAGAAAGGCUGUAAUUUUCGCGGUAGAAAAGAACGUUACAGAAACUUAAAGGGAAACAUAAGAUGGCCAGCCGGAGAUAGUCUUGAAAGUCAGCUUGGCUGGCGGGCGUGCGUGCAGGCAUGACCCAUGUUUGUUUUUCGGGAGGGGUGGGGGUGCUGUCGGGUGUGUGUUCCUUCUCGGAGGGAGGACGUGGCUGACGUGUUGAACACGGCAGAGUAGAGCACUCUGAAAUUCAGGUCAGUCGCGCGCCGGAAUGUUGAGUUGUGUAACAGAGGACGGGGGUGAGCGGAGUCACACACUAAUAGUAUGCUCUGGGGCAGCUAGAAGCCGGCCUGGUGGUGUUAGGAGAAUGUUUCGUUGCAGACGUGCCAAACUGCGGCUGUACCUGGAGCAGCUGAAGGAGCUGGUGCCUCUGGGUCCGGACAGCACCAGACAUACCACACUCAGCCUGCUGAAAAGGGCCAAGAUGCACAUCAAGAAGCUGGAGGAGGCAGACAGGAAGGCUCUGAACACCAAGGAGCAGCUCCAGAGAGAACACCGUUACCUCAAACGGCGCCUGGAACAGCUGGCUGUGCCGGGCAGCGUUGAGCGUGUCCGCACGGACAGCAUGGGUUCCACCAUGUCCACCGAUUCGGAGCAAGAAGUGGACGUCGAAGGCAUGGAGUUCCCCCCGGGCGAGGGCGAGCUCGGUGAGGCGGACAGCGUGGAUGAGAGCAUCAGUGACGACGGUCUCCUGGACGGCGAGGAGGAAGAAGAGGACCACUACGGCCUGCAGAGCAGCUCGAGCGACACCAGCUACACACAGCAUUCCUCCCACAGAAUGCAGCCGCACCACUGCUAGGGGCCACCAGGGGGCGGUGGGCCCCGGAGGGCCAUCGCUCCAAGCAGCCCUCUACGACCUCCUAUCCCCUUCCCACCCACCCCCAACUCACUCACCCUCGCCUUAACAGGCACCCCUAUCACAUGCUUCAUUGUCAGACCCUCCCCGCCGGCCUCGACCGCUUUGCUCAUUGGCCCUUAUUCCAGGAAGUACACAGAGGUUCAUGUCAUGGACUGACUUUCUGUAUUUCUCCUUUCCCUUCAUCCUACUGUACCCCCCAGUCCUUUCACCCUGUUGUCCUGCCAAACCUGACCCCCCCUCCCCCCCCCCCACACACACACACACACCUGUUGUUGUGGCCGCAGGCUCGGAUAUAUAGCAGAGCAGUUUGGGGUUUCCUUGGGGACCCUGUGGUGUGUUGGCAGACAGCUUUGACUUGUCAAUGGUAGCUUGGCGCAUGUGCAUUUGUUUCACUGUGGGCGCGUGUGUGGGUGCGUGUUUGAAUGAGGCCAACACUUCCUGAUUGGAGAAAAAAGGAAAUUUCUGUUCUAUUUGAAGGUUCUCUGAACAUUUUGACUUGAGAAUCUACAUUCCCCCAUCUGUUAGCAGAUAUACUGGAGGCAGCACAUCUCCAACCACUACACCACCCUGUGGGCCAACACACUAAUAUGGGUACGUCUCGACAGUGGUCAAACACAAAAUUGGUUCAAACCUUCCUUUACUUCCAAGUAGCCUAUCGAUGUAGCAAUGACACACGAAUAGCAUUCGCUCUUAUCAAGUAGAGUGACUGUUGGGCCAACUUCAGCCCAAAAUGGCAGAAUGAUUGACCCCUUUCACCAUGUUAAAGAGGGAAACUGGGCAUUUUGUAGUGGAAGACAGUGGAUCAGCAGGUUUGGUUUGUACCCUUCUUGUUAUUCACUAACGGAUCCAUUUUCUUCCCCUCUUACUGACCUCAGUAUACCCCCUAGUUUCAAAUCUGUUCCAAAGUGUGUGUGUGUGUGUCUGUGUGCGUGCAUGCUCAGUUUAUAUUGACAGGUCAAAGCUGUAGAAGUGCAAAGAGAAAAAUAAAUAAAAAAAGCUCUAAUGAUUAGCUCUCUGUAGAGGCACAGGUAGUGAUAUUGAAACUAAUCAUAUUCUCUUUCCCGUUUCUCUAACUCAAAAGUAGAUUACUGUAUUUAUUUUCGGCUGUGUCUGUUAGAUAAUACUUCUGAAGCUUCUCUGAAAUUGCAAAAGACCAAUGUCAUGUUUUACUCUGGAUCCUGUGACUCGUACCGGGAUACAAUAUUAACGGUAGAGGCUCACUUUUUGCUUUCUGAACAUUUUAACUGGCGAUUUCAGACUCAGUUUCUCUGUCGUUAGAGCUUUGCAUCCCAACACUUCAAAAAAGGGCCACUCCACAAGCUGGUAGGGCUGACCAAAAAAGAAAGAAAGAAAAAUUACAAAAUACUUCAAAGGAAGAAAAAAAACCUGCAUAGAAAACCCCCCCGCUUUUGGUCACUAAAAGUGAUAUUUUAGUCUAUAUUUCCUGUAUUACAUUUUGUAUUAUAUUUUCCUAAAUGUUUUCUCUCAACGAAAAGACAAAAAAGAAGAGUAUAUCUAUAUAUAAAUAUAUAUGAGACAGACGGACAGACAGAAGGCCAGGCUAGUUUGAAUUGAGAGAGCGGUAGGGGGGAAGCUGGAUCACUAGCAGUCCUUUCCACUAGAUCCCUCCCCAAUGUCAAUCUGUGCCUGGCUGAGCCUUGGGGACUGUUGUUGUGUUCCCCCUACAUCCCUACUCAGGUCCAGACUCGGCUACACACUCCCGGAACAUCCACCAACCCCCCCGCUCUUUGGAGUAGAUGAACACCUUGUUUUAACCGUCUUCAACGCACCCCAAAUGGUCAUUCUAGGGGCGUGUGAAGAACUGAUUGGAGACAACCUUUCACCUCUAUCAAGUACCCCUCGAGGUGAACCCCUGGUGUGGCUGCCAGGGACGCCCUAACCCCCUUGAUGCCCGCCUGCCUGCCCUGCCACACAACAUAAAGUCUACACUGACCAUACUGUUAACACUCCACGGCAGCUUCAAUUCCCUUGCCCCGGUUGCUCACUAUAUUGAGGUUCAAUCGAUCGACGCCAAUCGUGAGCUCCAAAGAGUUAUUUUGUUGUCGUGGCAGCCAUUUUGUUUUGGCUGUGUAUACGCUUGUUAUUUGAACAUGAAGAGGAAACCAUCGGGAGAGGAGCAGGGGUGAGGGGGGUCAUCCAAUCAAUGAAGGCAGCUCCUGGUGUCCUCCCUCCCUCCGUCCUCCCGCUGGCACUCAUUCCCUCCCUACUUUACUUACCGUAGUGUUACCGAGACGCCCCGGGUGUGACAUGGUGUCGCCAGACACAGCAGCAAUAUGACCAUCUUGUGCUUUUUUUCAAUAUUAUUUUUUUUAUGUGCGGGCGGGUCGGUAGGCAGGAUUGGGUUUUACAGAAGAAAAAAAAA